AUGUCAGUGCCCUCCUCGCCGACACCACCACCGCCAGUCAGGUUGGGCGUGCUGGACUGGGCAGCUGUGGCGCACCAUGUGCUCACGGACACGAGCACCGCUUCCGACGACAGGAACCGCGUGCGCACGUUCCUGCAGCUCAUGUUCACGUGCCGCGAGCUGUACCACGACCUGCCGCGCGCAAUGCCAAAGUGGAUACUGGCAGACGCCCUCUGGCGAACCCACCCAUACACGCAACAGCCGGUGCGCGUCGUGGUCUCGGACUGGCUGGACACGUUCCAGCGUGAUCUCUUCCAUGAAAGCACCACUCCAUUGGCCAUGGCCAAAGCCAGCCAAUCUCAGAGACUACAAGCAGAACCCAAAGGAGAGCAACACCAAGACCAACAACAGGACCAACAACAGGAUCAGCACCAAGACCAACGACAGGACCAACAACAGGACCAACUACAGGACCAACAACAGGACCAACUACAGGACCAACAACAGGACCAACUACAGGACCGGCAACAGCGUCGCGGAUCUUUGCGGAAACACCGCGGCCGCUCGUCUACUGAAUGCAAUGAACAACAACCACUCGACUCGCUGUGGCUGAAACCGGCAUGGUACACGAUGGUGGCCACCUUGGAAGAGCCAAGGCAUGCGAGCCACCUGCUUCGGUUGCGCAAUCUCAUGAGCCGUGCACACACGGAGCACCUGUUCGUGGCCCUGCGGGUUCACGCGCCUUCGUUGAAGAUCCACAAUGCCAAGAGUGUCGUGGUUGUCUUCAAGGCCGCCGUUGACACGAUUGACCUUCGCAACAUCGACUGCGUGGAAUGGAGCGUGUGGGGAUCUGAUCCUCCCGAGGCCGUGGUGGAGAACGUGCGAAGCAUGAAGGUGCUCGGCAGCGAGCACUCCGCGUUCAACAGGUUUGCCGACGUGAGCAUGCUGGCGGGCGUGUCCGUUGCCGAAGUGCGCAGCCUCAACCGCCGCAACCCCCUGACAGACAUCACGGCACUGGCGCACGUGCACUCGGUCACCCUCGUCGACCUGCGGCACAUCACAGACCUCUCGCCGCUGCGCAACGUGCCCGGCACCGUGUACAUCAAAACCUGCGAGCGCGUUCUUGCGCAAGAGCUGACGUUGCACGCGCGCCACGUGGAGCUGCGUUUCAUGCGAGGCCUGCCUGGCGCUCUGUGUGCGCCAGACGCAGAGACAAUCGUUCUCAGCAACUGCGACCGUCUGCAGGCGCUGGAGUGCGGCGCUGGGCUGAAGGACCUGAACCUGUCCGGCUGCUAUGCCCUCACUUCCAUCGUGAGCCCACCCGGCACGGUGAUUGAGACAGCUGAGGUGCACUCGCCUCGGCACUCGGACCUUCUGUGGGAUGCACUCCACCACCAGCGUAUUCGCACGCUGAAGACCAACGUUGUGCGCGACGAACUGCAACACACGCCUGAUGGGGUGCCGCGGACACUGUCGCAACUCGUGGACCGGCUCCUGGUGCACGUGGACAAACUCGAGCUGUCCGUGUGCUUCCUGAAAGAGCUGGCAGAGCUUCCGCCCAAUGACAGAAUUGAAGUUGACGUGCGCUGCUCUGUUGGUGACACCAAGAUCAAGGGCCCGGUCCCACCCUUUGUGAAGAGACUUGCCGUUGACGUGUCAAAACCAUUUGACGUCUCCAUCCUGGCAGACCUGCGGCGUUUGCGGCUGCGCGCGCUGCCAUUUAUCCAACAAGAGGCCGAACUGAUCCGUGUGAACGCGUUGUCGGGGCUGCAGGAGGUGAUUGUUGAGGGAUGCGCCCUGCGCGGGUGCAUCUGCGGGUGCAAGACUGUUCAUCUGAAGAAGUGCGAAGUGAACGUGGGCGUGCAGGGCGCAAGGGAGGUGCACGUGAACGAUUGCACCGGAGACGUGUCGGUCACGGACACGGAACGCCUGUGCGUCGCUCGUGGCGCGGUCACCUUCAAGGAAGUGCGCAACGUUGUGCACAUGACCGUUCGUGGUGACACUGCCCCGGCGCGGCUCGUGCCGUUUACGAUUGAGUAUGCGAGUGACAUCACCACGUGCUGCUUGUGGCGCUGCGACAUCAGCGGCUUCAACAGUUACACGUCAGUGCGACACUUGUACAUCAACAGCUGCCGUGUGGACGCCGCCCGCCUUCUUGCCAAGCAGGACAUGCCUCUGUCCCACGCGGUUCACGUGAGCCAAUUGCUGAUCCAGCAUAGCCAGCAUGGCGAACGUCCUACUGAUGGCGUGGAUGACAGCGGGGACGUUGAUGAUGGUGGCGAUGGCGGAGAUGGAGAUGAUGGCCUUGAUGACGAUGACGGCGUUGAUGACGACAUGCCCCCGUUUCCGCACAACUUCACCCUUGUGAACCGUACCAUGCAUGAUCUUCGUUCCGUCUUUACCCCCUGGCUGCCUGAGUCGUAGAGCGUGUGCGUGGGUGCGAUGUGUGUGUGUGUCUGUGUGUCUGUGUGUGUCUGUGUGUGUCUGUGUCUGUGUGCGAUGUGUCCGUGUCUGUGUCUGUGUGCGCAGCGCAGCGUGUGCGCGAAAUGAUGAUUUGAUGGCGAAGACUAAGACUGUUUUGCUUGCUUGUUUGGCUUCUCCUCUUUUCUCUGACUCAAGCUCCCUGGCUGCUUCUUCUGCUCAUC